CGUUUAUCAGGCUGUUUGCUGGAAGAAAGUUUUUCAAAAUGGUGACAGUGAAUCUGUUACCUUUCAACUUGUGCGGUUGUAGGCUAAAUCAAAAUUAGGUGUUUAUUAGUUAAAUUUUAGCUUGAUUUUUAAAGCGCUGCGUACUAUCCUUUUUCGCGUUCUGUAGAAUUAGUAUGUUAAAAAAGGUAUUCGUACUCCUUACUCUGCACUGUACCUUAGCAGCGGCCAUCGAAAAUUUUCAAUGGAGCGAACCCGAUCUUGACGUAUCCCCGCUUAAACUUCGUCAAGACAACGAUAUCAAUGUAGCGUCAGGAAGAGCCGCUCAACCUGGUGAAAAUCUCUUGGACCGUCCGUUAGCUGCCAUUGUUCCGGUCGCAGCUAACACACGACCCGUUGCCCCUUUCCCACCCGCUGCAUUCCCGGUUAAAACCGCGCCAAAUUUACCCGCGGGUUUGCCGGUCUCGCGUGCAAAUGUAGUACCACCACAGAUCCCUGUUGACUUUAAGGGAUCUCCUAUUCAACAGCCCGCAGAUAACCCGCUGUCAUUAUCACGGAAUUCCCCAACAGAAUUCGGUAAUAAUGGGAACGCAAUGCCUCAAGAUAUCGCGUCGUCCGGUAGGAGACCGUCCCUGCCCUCCAGCCCAAUUCAACCGAUUCCAAGCAAUAUUCAGUCGGUUGCAAGUAUGCCAUCGACCUUGCCACAUUCGUCUGUUAAUAUGCCAGCAAGUAUUCCAGAUAAUUCGGUACUUGGGGACAAAACAUCCUACGUGACCGAUGCCCAGCCAUUCAAAAAUGAUUCUUUUGCAAACCAUUCAGCAACAUUUCAAAAGACCUUAAAGCCGGUUGUUCAGCCUUUUCGUACAAUGGCUACAGCCCAAACGAAAACACAACGAACGAGCAAGAAUAAACCACCUACCAGGAAACAGAUUUCUGUACCAUCAACCACGAAGAAAGCACUGAAAACAAGGACCACGACUACACGACGGCUUACCACCAAGCACUCGGCCGUGUCUCCUUCAACUGGGAAAAAGAAACCUAUGCCAGUGUUUUCGCCAGUAAUUACGAGGAAGCCAGCGGCAACGAAAAAGACCACCGUUGCCACGCCGCGACCGCCAUGCGCAUACCCUGUGGCGUGGCCUUUGAAAGGACAAGGCAAUCCUCCAGCCGUCUCGUUAAACUGUGAUAAAUAUCCAGAUGCGUACCGCAACGAAGAAGACACAUGUACCAAAGAGAAAGGCUUCGAAAAUACGGAUACAAAACUGUAUAUACCGUUUUGUUGCCGGAAGUGGCAAAAGCUUGGAUGCUUUACUCGGAGUCUAAAUAAAUAAUAUCCAAAUCUUCUGAGAUAA